UUGCAGUGCAGGCCAAAAUGGUUCGCAUAUGGGAGUUUUUUGGCCGUGUUACGUGACACUUAUUGUUAUAUUUUAGCCAAUUCACUCAGUAACUACAUAAAUUAUUAUUAUCUAUAUAUAAUUAUCAAUAUAGCUCAUGUAUGAGCUAUAUAAUGGUUAAUCCAUUCAGUAUUAUUUGGGUGAAAGAUCAACAAAUAUCCAUACAAACGUAAGAUUGAUAAUAAAAGUGCAAGUGGUUAAUAUACAACUUUAAAUCUUUGUAGAUCCUAAACAGUCAUAUAAAAUAAAAAAAGGGUGGAAAGAACCUAAACAUGAUUUUCCACUAACUAGACGAUGAUAUAUUUCGUCAACUUAUUUUUUUCCUUUUCACAAUAUGGAGCCUAAUUGUCCCUAUAUCGAAUUUUGAUUACUAACAUAACUUUAAUAGCACUGUCAUGAUUAAGACGAAUCGAUGUUUGAAUCAUCAAAAUCGGUCUACGCGUUUGGUCUCUGGUGUGCCACAAAGGAACAUACAUACAUAUAUAAACUGUCAAACACUGUCAGCGCGUCGCGCUUUGCGCUCUUGCAUUGCGCAGUCGGGUGAAAAAUAGUCGGGUGAAAUUUUAAAAAUCUAAAAUCGAAUGGCGUAGAAUGAAAAGCGAGGUUACGUAAGCGAAGCGUGUGAAACUGAAAUUUCAUUAAAUUUUGAUAUCAUGCAAUCAAACUAUAUGCGAUUGCGCUGGACUAAAAGGUGAUCGCGGCGUUCCCGGUCCGCCGGGGAGGCACGGGGACCAGGGAGACUACGGUGAAGAUGGUCCCGAAGGUCGCAUGGGAAGGGUCGGAGAGCCUGGAGAGUUUGGCGAACGUGGAGAUUAUGGUGACAAAGGCGAGCGGGGUAUCGACGGGCCAUAUGGAGCAAGAGGAUAUCAAGGACAGCAGGGCAUGCAAGGAUUGGAAGGUGUAAGAGGUAUACCUGGUCUUGAUGGAUGCAGUGGUGUUGAUGGCGUUACUGGUCCACCUGGAAGACCAGGCAUUCCCGGAGAUAGAGGCUUGCCAGGGCUCUAUGGUGAAAAGGGUUUCCCUGGUAUGGCUGGUGAAGGAGGAUCAAAUUCACGAGGAGCGAAAGGAGAACAGGGAGAAUUCGGACUUUCGGGUAGCAUGGGUGAAGUCGGACCUCAAGGUUAUAGAGGUGAUAGUGGGGCACCUGGUGAGGAAGGUGAUCAGGGUCGAGUGGGACUGCGCGGUGAACCCGGCUAUAGAGGAGAUCCAGGAGAUGAAGUUGUCGGGCCACCUGGUCAGAAAGGAGACCAAGGCGAAAUCGGUGAACCAGGACGGCCACCAUCGAUUAUUGUUGAAAAUGAAUUUCGACAUAAUAUUUCUAUAAUAGCAAAAGGGUACAAAGGUGAAAGAGGCUUAAGAGGGAUGAGGGGCGAAAAGGGCAGCAAAGGAAUUUUAGGCUCAGUUGGCCUACCGGGACCUCGAGGUAAUAAUGGUAUUCAAGGUCCAAAAGGUGAUCAGGGUGUGGAUGGACCUAGGGGAAAACCAGGGCACAGAGGCCAAGACGGACCUCCGGGUAUGAAGGGCGAUAAGGGAGCCCCGGGUUACGUGGGUCUCGACGGAGCUGAUGGAACGCCAGGAGGAAGAGGUGAAGACGGACGAGAUGGAAAUCCAGGCUUGCAAGGUCCAGUAGGAGAACCAGGAAGAUUUGAUCCUAGUUUAAAUGAACCGAUCCUCCCUGGUACAGUAGGACCACAAGGCCCUGAAGGUUUUAUUGGUCCCAAAGGAGCAUUUGGUUAUGAUGGCUCGCCAGGUUUGCCUGGGAUUAUGGGUAUGCCAGGAUUACCAGGUACAAAAGGAUACCCUGGGCGACCAGGCCCAAUGGGCACUUCUCCUAAGGGUGAACCUGGCAACGAUGGCUUCAAAGGAUUACCAGGACCGAGAGGUCCACCUGGAUUCCAGGGAUCACCAGGUCUAGUAGGAGUUAAGGGUUUCAAAGGUAUAACAGUUGUGGGGCCUGAUGGCGAAGGAGGCACAGCAGGGCUAGAUGGUGUACCUGGUAUGCGAGGUGGACGUGGAGAACCUGGGCCUAUGGGGCCUGCUGGUUUUCCUGGUAACGGUUUGAGGGGAACUGGUCCUCCCGGUGAAAUGGGACCCCCAGGAUUUCCUGGAUUCGCCGGCGACCCGGGACGUCCUGGCACACCCGGCUAUCCAGGGUCAAAAGGAGGACGUGGUGAUGAUUGUCCGAUAUGUAGAUCAGGCUAUCCUGGAGCUAAGGGUUAUAGAGGAGAUGAUGGCUUCCCAGGAAUGAAAGGAUUUCCCGGUGCAGAAGGGUUGCCUGGACCACGUGGUGUAGCCGGAUUUGCUGGUAGACCUGGAACCCCAGGCCCGAAAGGUCCUAAGGGAAAUAAAGGACAAUCUGGUAUGGCUGGUCCCCAAGGACCAAAAGGAAGAAAAGGAAUUUUAAUUCGGCCACCGUUAUCUAUGACCAUUGCAGAACGUGGAGAACAGGGAGACGUUGGUUUCUACGGACGUAUAGGCAUGCCCGGAAAUCCUGGUUGGCCCGGACUGAGGGGAGAUUACGGACCACAGGGUAUUAAAGGAAGAUUGGGUGACUAUGGCUCUCCAGGCCUACCAGGCAGAAAUGGCACAAGAGGACGAGACGGGCGACCAGGCAUCCCAGGCCCACCAUCUGAUAUACCUUUACCUUUUCUCCAAGGGCAAAAAGGAGAAAUGGGUCCAAUAGGUGACUACGGUGAACCAGGAGAAGACGGUGUGCAGGGAGAAGCCGGAGAAGCACUGGAUAAUGAAAUAAAUAAUAAAGGUUACAGAGGACCGCCGGGCUUCAUUGGCCCAAAAGGCAUACGUGGUAGAAAAGGUCAACAGGGUGAUAUGGGCUAUGACGGAUUUCCUGGUAUCAGAGGUGAUAUGGGUAGACCGGGCUAUGGCAUGCCAGGAAUACAGGGUUUUAAAGGUCAUAUUGGUCUAAAAGGUGACAUUGGGCCUUUUGGUGAACCUGGUACCGCUGGACCACGUGGUGAUAAUGGUUUUCCUGCCAGUAAAGGACACAAGGGUUCACGAGGUGAUAUUGGUGCUUCCAUUCUAGUAGGUGAGCGAGGUAUAGAUGGAGGACCUGGUGAACCGGGAGAUAUCGGAGAGCCUGGUUUCUCAGGCAUGCCAGGCCACAUGGGUAGUAUUGGUCAGAAAGGAGAAGUAGGCCCUCUCGGAGAUAUUGGUUUUGAUGGACCAAUGGGACCACCCGGACGUAAAGGAAUACCCGGUAUAUCUAUACAAGGUGCUCGAGGGUUACCGGGUAUGCCAGGUCUUCCAGGAGCAAUAGGACCUAUUGGUGAUCCAGGAAUACAGGGACACAAUGGUUUGCAAGGUGAUGAAGGACCAAAGGGCAUGAAGGGAGAGGCAGGAUAUAGAGGUUUACGAGGCUACCCAGGAGACAGCGGACCUAUUGGUUUCCCCGGGUUUCCGGGCCUCAUGGGAAGAGCAGGCCUCCGUGGAGAUUUAGGUGACCGUGGAGAAACUGGUCUGCCUGGUUACAGUGGAAGACCUGGCCGAGCUGGCUCAAUAGGACCUGAAGGACUUAAAGGAUCCUCUGGUGACAUCGGAUUUAGGGGUCUUACCGGUUUAGAUGGGUUGCCUGGAGCUAAAGGACUAAGGGGAGAUUACGGAAUGCCUGGUCUGAAAGGAUUACCAGGUGACGAUUCAGGAGUUGGACUAAAAGGAGACAAUGGUGAACCAGGUUUUAACGGUAUACCAGGAAAGCAAGGCAUACCGGGCCCCAAAGGUGUAAAGGGGGAUAUCGGGGACUUUGGACUUAGUUUUGAAGGAAUGCCUGGAUCAAAAGGUAUAAGAGGAGAUAUGGGAUAUUCAGGAAGACCAGGAUUUAACGGAACAAAAGGAGAAGUAGGUGAUACUGGUUUCAUCGGAUUCACUGGCCAAAUUGGUGACAAAGGAUAUCCCGGAAUUCCUGGUGUCCCAGGAAGAAAUGGAUAUGAUGGCCUCAAGGGCUUGAUGGGAAAUAGAGGUUUCCCUGGUUUAUUAGGCAUCAAAGGUGAUAGAGGUUUUGAUGGAGAACCGGGCAAAAUGGGCAUGCCGGGGCUUCCUGGUGAUCAAGGGUUCCCUGGCUUACAAGGUCCACGAGGGGAAAUAGGAAAUAAAGGACAAAGAGGCGAUCCUGGACCUAGUGCAUUUUCGCCAGCUUCUAGGGGCGACAUGGGUGAAAUGGGUUCAGAAGGGUUCGCUGGCAUUCAAGGAGAUACUGGAGAUCAAGGUUUUUCUGGUUACAUUGGUACAAAAGGAGAAAUAGGCGAUAUUGGUGAGCAAGGAAUGUCUGGUGACGACGGUAUCCCCGGUCGUAAAGGUGGUGUUGGUGAUCAAGGUCCUCCUGGUAUGCCUGGCUUAGAUGGAGAGUCUGCACCACAAGGUAAAGAAGGAAAACCUGGUAUUGAUGGUCUCCCAGGAUGGCCCGGACCAAUGGGUCAGAAAGGUGCUCCUGGUGAUUUUGGUGUUGACGGACCAGAGGGAGCACCUGGACAACCAGGUCUCAGUUUCCAGGGACCUAAGGGAAUGAAGGGUAUGGAUGGUACACCAGGAAGAAGAGGAUACCCAGGAGCGCCAGGUCCAAGAGGAAUGGAAGGUGUACCUGGAUUAACUGGUACCAAGGGUAGUUCUGGAGAGAUUGGCUUUGCAAUAAGCCCCAAAGGAAUGGAAGGAAAUCCUGGCUGGACCGGUCUACAAGGUCUCAGAGGUGAGAAAGGAGAUUCAGGUGAUUUUGGAUUAGAUGGUUAUCCAGGAUCUCAAGGAUUACGCGGUAUAAAAGGAGAAAGGGGAAAUGAGGGUGAACAAGGCCCUCCAGGUCUAGCAGGACCAACUGGUUUAAAAGGUGACAGGGGUGACAGAGUCCCGUUUUCAGAAAUUCCGCCUGGGCCAGUCGGGGAUGUUGGCCCUCAAGGGUUUGAUGGCCGACCUGGCCAACCAGGCAGGCCAGGACUUGAUGGUCGUAAUGGAAUACCAGGCAUUAAGGGAAUGAAAGGAGAUAUGGGUUAUAGGGGUCCAGUCGGUGAACCUGGGAUUGCAGGGUUGCAGGGAAUGAAAGGCCGGCAAGGAGAACGCGGCCUCGAAGGCUAUCGAGGGGCAACAGGCUCUCCAGGUUUGCCAGCGCCUCCACCACCGAUACCAAAAUCAAGGGGCUAUUACUUCACAGUACAUUCUCAAACAAGAAUGAUACCGCAAUGCCCCGAUGGAACGUCUCCACUAUGGGACGGAUUUUCACUGAUCCAUAUAGUCGCAAAUGCUGAAGCACAUGGACAAGACUUGGGUGCUCCGGGCAGCUGUUUACGCAAGUUUUCCACAAUGCCAUAUAUGUUCUGUAAUUUGAACAACGUGUGUGAUUUCGCACAAAGAGAAGACUACAGUUUCUGGCUGUCAACACCAGAACCAAUGCCUAUGAGUAUGACUCCCAUUCAAGCUAGAGAUGUUGGAAAUUACAUAUCAAGGUGCCAAGUUUGUGAAUCGCCCACCAGAACAAUAGCAAUACACAGCCAAAGCAACGAUGUACCCGCAUGUCCUAACGACUGGGAACAACUUUGGAUCGGAUACAGUUUCCUAAUGCAUACAGCAGGCGCGGACGCCGCCGGGCAGAGUCUGAUAUCGCCCGGGUCGUGCCUGCGCGACUUCCGCACGCGGCCGUUCAUCGAGUGCAACGGGCUCGGGCGCUGCAAUUACUUCGCCACCGCCGUCUCCUACUGGCUGUCCACCAUCAACGACGCGAGGAUGUUCGACAGGCCCGAACAGCAGACGCUCAAGGCGGAUCAAGUCUCCAAGAUAAGCAGAUGUGCAGUAUGCAUGAGACGUCCGCCGGGCCGGAGCAGCGGGUACCCGUCGUUCCCAAGCGGCGACGUGGGCUCCGUGCCCAAGGCGGUGGUGCGCCGCCCUGUCUACCGCCGCCCCGUGCCCUUCCGACGCAACGGCCGGAUAGUACGCGGCCGCCCGAGGCACGUCACCCGACAGUCAUAGUAGCAAAAUGAACGACGCAUCAAAUAAAUAAUUUAAUAUCUCGAUAAAACGACACGUCAAACAUUUCGAAAAAUGCACAACAAUAAAGAAUAAUCUUUCAUAUUUAGGGUAUAUGCACAAAACGUUUUUACAGGGUUCACAAUCUAGGUAAAAGCCUUUUUUCCAUACAAUGAAGUGAUCGUUUAUUUGAUAAAAUUUUGUAGUGAGUCGCAAAUCCUUUAGAUGGCAGUUACAGCAUGUUGUAAGUACUGGGGAAUAUCGCUCAUCGGGAUUGCUUUGGCUAUUGCUAUAGCUUAUGAUUUUAUUUUGUUCUUUCUGACCACCGAAAGUAUUCAAAUGCCUCGCUAUCUUUUUUCAUCUGUAAUCACAUCAUUUUAGAAAAUGAGCGCGAGGUAUUUGUAAACCUUGGCGGUCAGAAAUAACAAAAACAAAUCAUAAGCUUUAUCAAUUUAGCAAUAGCCAAAGCAAUCUCGAUAGGCGGUAGGCUCCCUGGUCUUAGCGACGAAUUACAUUGAAACUAACUGCCCUAGAAUAUAGUCAUAAUAACGCUACCGAUACGUCUAUUUUGUACGCAGUGUUUUACUGCUAGGAACAUUAGCUCGGAGGGUUUUACUCCGAUUGUUUUUAUAUGCGGUACCGACCGACCGAUCUACAAAAUGAAAUGCAAUUUGUUUUUUAUUUUAUUAUAUUACAAUACCGAUGUGUGAAUUUUCAAAAAGUUGUGUGCACAAGCCCUGGGGAACAAAUAUCGAGAGAAGGUAAAAGGCAGAGAUUUAUGCGGUGUAUUUUGGUACCGAUAUCUUACGUUUCUUACUCAAGACUGGUGUCGAUUCUGGCUUGAUUCUCUUAACUUAAAACUAAAUUUAACAUCAGUCUCUCCUUUUCAUUCUUCAUGGAGAAUGACAAUGAUACACUGUUGUCAAAUACAAUUUUAUGUUUAGAGAAUGGUGUCAGAAUCGACACCACUGGCUGGCUAAAUUGGAAUGUUAUGAAACCAGUUCAGGAUGUUGGUUGAUUCUCUAGCAUGCUCAGUUAAAUAAUAAUGAGAUGAGGUAAUUAAAGUAACUGUUCAAUGUCAUUUUAUGUUGAAAUCGUUAGCAUACUAUCAUAAUAAUAAUUAUGAUGCGCCGCACAAAAAUCUGCACAAACGAAUAUAACAAAUACCUAUCAUUUUACUUUUGUAUGAAGAACCAAAAUCACCUACACACAUCAUUACUAAAUAAGAAUAUUAAUAAGUUUUUAAAGUUAUGCACGGUGGAGCAUCGAAUGCUUAAGUCAUCACUGCCAAAAUAUUGUUAUGCUAAUUGUUCCAUUAAUAUUAAUAAAAAUGUAGGAAGUAAGAAACUUUUUAUUUUUGAAAACAACCGAAUGCCAAUAAAGCUAUUUAUAUUAAAUCAACUAAAUCAGGUAUAACGUGAUGUCAUAGCAAAUAAAAGAUUAAUUAUUAGGUAUAAAAGUCGAAAUACCUAUUUCCGUCAAUAAAUGUAAAUUUGUUUAAAACAUGUUUAAAGUUACUGAACCUAAGCGUAGUAGGUAAGUAGCCUAGCCUAGUCCUUAUAGAAAAUUAUAAAAUCUUAACUUUAUUUACCUACAUAUUAGACAGUCGAAUAAGUCAUGUAAAUAAAUAGUGUACUUAUGUCUAAUAAACUCUUAUGAACU